ACCGUAUUUUGUUUUUGUUCUAUUUAUCUCCUGUAUGUAGUUCUAUGUAAUUUAAAAUAUUUUCCUUUGGGAAAGGCAAAAGGACAGACCAUACAGCCGAUGCCUCAUGUGUAUCUUUUUUUUACUGAUGCAAUUGAUUUACAGCUCGACUGUGCAAGAUGGUUGUUAAAGCAUUAACAAUAAUGCCAUGAAUAUUAUUCACUCCUGCGUAUAAUGAAGCGGUUUCAGCGGUAAAACCAAUGGACGACUGCUAAGUUAUUAAUAGACGAUCACACACAACAUCAACCAGUCACAAGAGCCGCGCAUCACGACAUCGCGAGAACGCCAAUCAUAACGCAGAAGAAAUUUACAUGCAGUACCGGCGUUAGGGUAGGGCGCGGUUGGGCGACCGCCCAGGGGCGCCGGACUUUAAGGGGCGCCGUCAAGCGGCGCCCCUUUAUAUUCCCAUCUCUGUAAGCGAAAAAAAAAAACGAUGUGUUGGCAACACUAGAAUGGAACGCAGUGCUCAAUCCGUUCGGUCGGAGCACUACAUACAUACAGUUCAUUUUACUGGGAAUCCCCGACUACAGAGAAACACAUUAUCUAUCUCUUUUUAACAUUUUAGUUCAAAAGAGUUGGCGUUAUUUUUGAUGGAGCGGAACACAGCUCAUUCUUAUUCAUUCAAUCGGUGCACGCACUUAAAAACAGUUAUCGCAAUUACAUAUUUUAAAACAAACAGACGCAGUAAUCAGGCGGUCCACGCUAAGUUACGAAGUGCAUGUUUUUUACUUUUUGUCGCCGACUACAGAGUGACAUAGGUUUUAUCCAAAAAGUUGAAAUACAAAUAGUGUUUAAGUAGGUAUUUGCUUUAUGACGGAUUAUUUCACUAAUUAGGUAAGUACAAUUUUAUUUUAACUAUCUUUACUCAUUAUACUAAAGAGGUAACAUUUGUUUGUUUGUUUAUGUUAUGUUUGGAGUGGGGUAAUCUAUUUAAAGUAAAUUAUAUAUUAUAAAAUAUCUCUGGAACCGACUAUAUAAUGUUGAUGAAAUUUUAACACGGAGAUAAUAAAUGAAUGUCGAGGAGGUACGGUCAAGUGUAAAAGUGGAUGAACACUGUUCAUUCGUAAGCCUUUGUGUUAAAGGUGAAAAGUGUCCACCGACUUUUGCAUCUGACUGUACAUAGAAGUAAUUUUUUCGGGAACGAGUGGAUGAUCGUGAUUUUUUUCAUACAAAUCUAAGCACUAUCACGUAACACAAGCUUUUAAAUAUAACAUUUCACAAUUAUUCCGCUGCCAUGACAAUAUUACCUUACCUAGAUUUUUCGAUCGUAGUUCACGUGUAUGCUAACGCUUUCCUGAAUAUAAAGCGUUUUUGGUCGUCCUCACUCAAUAGCGUUAUAUUUAAUUAAUUUAUAGAAAUGAUCGGACUUACGCAGAUUUAAUUUGUUGCAGAUUUGAUUAGUACAAAAUGUCUGAACACGUUGAUCCUUUCAAAAGAAAACCAUCUGGGUCAAAAUAUAGAAAACGAAAAGCAGAAAAAGAGAAGAAAUUUGAAAAAACAAAAAAGUUUAUGAAUAUAGGCAAAUAUAUCACAACAAAAAAUCAAGACCUUAAUGUGGCAUCUACAUCUGAAAUACAAGCGAAUGCAUCGGUAGUGGAGUCUCUGUCUGACAAGUCAGAUCAGUUAGCUGUUGAAGAGAUUGUGGACGAAGUUUCCCGAAGUGAGGAGACAAGUUGUGUUACAAUUACAGAUGCUGCUCAGGAUGACACUAUUGGUAAUGUACAACAAAUACAAAUUCUAGAUGACGUUAGUUCUCUUGUUCCAAAUAUAUCGGAUCCAGCCACUUGGCCACUCACUCGAAAUAGCAAAAUUAUUGACCAUAUAAUAACUAAUGGCCCAGUGCAAACUCACAUUGAUAAUUAUCCAAAGAAUGAUACAGGGCGACAUUUCUCAAAUUCUCAUUUUACCAAAAAACUUGCAAAACAAUGAAAUAAUUCAGCGUCGUUGGUUAAUAUACUCAGUUUCUAAAAAUCGAGUUUACUGUUUUUGUUGCCGGCUAUUUGAUAGCAGCUCAACGUCGAAUUUAGCAUCUGAAGGAUAUAACGACUGGAAACACUUAUCAGAAAUGUUAAAAGUUCAUGAAAGUAGCACUUUUCAUAAGAAGUUUUACCUCUCAUGGAUUGAGGCUGAACUAAGAUUAAAAACGGGAAAAACAAUAGAUUGUCAAGAGCAACAUUUGAUUAGAAAGGAAACUACAAGGUGGAAUAAUAUUUUGUGUCGAUUAAUGCAUAUUACACUGUAUUUAGCUGAAAACAAUAUGGCGUUUAGAGGUACUUCCGACAAACUAUAUAGAAAGAAAGAAAGAAAGAAAGAAUAUACGCCAAAUAAUGGAAAGUUCUUGGGUUUAGUACAACUACUAGCCAAAUUUGAUCCAAUUAUGGAGGAGCACUUGCGAUUAGCUGUAAAGGGUGAUGUUUCUGACCACUACUGCGUAAAUCGAUGGAAAAUUCUGACCGAUCACUUGGGAUUGUACACUAUAAAAAAACUCAGUGACACGCGUUGGGAAGCAAGAAUAGGCAGUGUUAAAGCAGUCCGUUAUCAAAUUAGCGCCGUCCAUGACGCUUUAAUCACUUUGGCUAUUGAAACUCAGCAAACUGAUGUUCAAGUCUCUCAUGAGGCUACUACUCUAGCCGAACAGCUAAAAGAUUUCGGCUUCAUAGUUUCAUUGGUUGUCUGGUAUGACAUACUUUUUCAAAUUAAUGUCGUUAGUAAAUCUCUACAAUCAACAGACAUGGAUCUCGGUAAAUGCACAGACAUGUUGAAAAAAUGCUGCAAUUUCUUGGAAGAAUAUAGAAAUACAGGCUUUAAAAGCGCCAUUUUAACUGCGAAGGAAUUGGCUGAAGAGUUAGAAAUAGAACCUGUGUUUAGAGCGACAACAAGAAUUCGACGUGUUAAGCGCCAAGCUGGUGAAACUGCCCAAGAUGAGCCUAUAACUUCUCCAGAAAAAAAAAUUGAGGUUGAAUUUUUCAACUGUCUUUUGGACACGACGUUAACUUCACUCAACGAAGGAUUUGAACAGUCAUGUGAGUACUCGGAAUCUUGGUCUUUUUUGUACAAUUUAAAACAGAUUCCAGAAAAACACGACCUUAUCAAACUCUGUAGUGAUCUUCAAUUGAAAUUAAAUGUAAAUUCCAAAUCAGAUAUAGAUGGAUGUAUGUUGUGCGAUGAACUCGUAAGUCUGAAAUCGUUUUUGCCUGAUCAGAAAGUGGUUACUCCUGUUUUUGUUUUAAAUUUUAUCAAAGACCGCAACUUACAAGAACUAUAUCCAAAUGUUUGGAUAGCAUUACGAAUAUUAUUAACUAUUCCCGUAACGGCUGCUAGUGGAGAGAGGAGUUUUUCUAAGCUUAAGCUAAUAAAAACGUAUCUGCGAUUGACAAUAUCUCAAUCUAGAUUGACAAACUUGGCAACUUUGUCAAUCGAAAAUGAAAUUGCUGAAAACAUCGACUUUGAUAACUUAAUAAAAGAGUUCGCCGAUAGAAAGGCUAGAAAAGUAAAAUUUUAUUAGUUUUAUUAAUAAAUGUUUAUUUCUUUUCAUAAAUGGUUAUUUCAUUAUUAUCCUUCGCCUUUUUUCGUAUGGGUUUGAAUUGCAGUUAGGGGGCGCCGUAGAAAUCUCGCCCAGGGCGCUGGUAGUACUAAAACCGGCACUGUUUACAUGACCUUUCAGGUUUCAAAUUGUAACUUACUUGCAAAACAAACUUCAGCGCAUUACAUCAAAUUUAUAUUCAAUACAUCAACGCUUCAAAAUUAUUUAUUUUUAUUUACCCUAGUGAAAUCGCUUCAAAUACUAGGUGUAUUUAUUCAUUAUCAUCAUCAUCACCAUAUCAUCCGUUCAUCAUCAAAACGCAA